CAUUAAUGUCAAUUCAAUGUCAUUUGUUUAGGUUGCUUGGUUUCGCUGCUAGGAGUGGGUGUAUUUUCAUGAUAUUUUUCAAUGAAAAACGACUGGAUUAAUUUUAAUUAUUAUGAUAAUUAUAACAUGUUUAUAUAAGUGAUAUUGGCAAAUCUAUAGUAAAUCAUGCCUUCUAUGUUCAAAUACCUACAUACCACUACUAGGUCUGAAAUUACCUUUUAGAAUUUAUGUGGAAAGGAGUUAUAGCCAACCUCAACUGACUGUUUCAUUGCAGAUAAUACCAAAAUGUCUAACUUUUCAAAACUAAAACUACUUAUCUGGAAGAACUUUCUUCUUCAAAGAAGACACAAAUGGCAGACUAUAUUUGAAAUUUCAUCUCCAGUUAUAUUUUCUUUGUUCCUUAUAUUGGUCAGAUGUCUUGUGAAUCCGGAAUCUAAACCAGAAAAAUCUUAUCCACGCUUUAGCCCAACAUAUUUCAACAUGAGUACACAUUUUGAAAACAUGAAGGACUUACUAAGUUCUGAUAACCAAGGCACCCUGGCGUUUUCCCCUGACAAUAACCUAACAAGACAAGUUACUAAAGAUGCCAUGUCUACUGUAGCUCAAGACAAUCUGUUUGGUGUGCUUACUUUAUUAUUCAAUACUGAUAUGUUACCAGAGCCCAGGGGAUUCAAAAAUGCCAAAGAAAUGGAAAAAGCUCUCACACAGCCUAAUGCUAUGAAUGAAUAUCUAGCUGGAAUUCAAUAUGAAGAUAGUAUGAUAAAUGCAAAGGAGUGGCCAGAUAACAUUAAAUUAACUUUGAGGUUUCCUGCUGUCAUGAGAACUCCUAUGCUUGAGCAUCCUCUCAGAGCAAGUUGGAGAACAAACCUGUUAUUUCCAUUGUUCCCCAGACCUGGGCCAAGGGAACCAGGUGAUAUAUAUGGUGGAAAAACUCCAGGAUAUUCUCCCGAGAUGUUUCUAGCUGUCCAACAUGCAAUUUCUAAAGAAAUAAUAAAGAGCAAGACUGGGCAGCCUUUUGACACACAAGUUUAUUUGCAAAGAUAUCCCCAACUGGCGUAUAGAGAUGAUCUACUGCUAGUAGCAUUGGAAAGGUUCAUCUCAAUGAUUAUAAUGCUCUGCUUUGCAUACACCUUUGUAAAUACAGUCAGGGUGAUAACUGCUGAGAAGGAACUGCAAUUGAAGGAAACUAUGACAAUAAUGGGUUUGCCGUGCUGGUUACAUUGGCUCGCGUGGUUCAUCAAACAAUUUUCGUUUUUGUUAAUAUCUGUCCUCUGCAUGGUCAUAUUGUUCAAGGUGCCACUUAAGUGGACUACAACUGGAGAAGCCUAUGCUUUGUUGACAUUUACGCCAUGGUCAGUUCUGUUUUUCUUCCUGGCGCUAUUCGUAGUGGCUUCAUUGACCUUCAGUUUUAUGGUCAGUGUCUUCUUUUCACGAGCUAACACUGCGGCAUCUUUCAUGGGUCUCGUGUGGUUUUCUGCCUACUCUGUGUUCAUGUUGACGCAAGUUCUAUAUGAGGACAUCAGCUUGACUACCAAACUCGUUCUAAGCCUUAUAUCCAAUGCGGCCAUGGGAUACUUAUUUCAGAUGAUAAUCAUGUGCGAGGGAACGUCUAGGGGCUUACAAUGGAAUGAUUUUUUCAAACCUGUGACGUACCACGACCAAUAUCAACCAGGCCAUGUUGUGUUGAUGCUAGUUCUAGACUCCAUACUGUACAUGUUGAUAGCUAUGUAUGUGGAAAAAGUAAGGCCGGGACGGUAUGGCGUGCCUUUACCUUGGUAUUUCCCUUUCACCAAGAGCUUCUGGAUACCGAAUAAAAGUAAAGUUGCAGGUAUGACAAAAGAAAACGGCACAGAUGUCGAGUACAACGACGCGUUGCUCAAGGUUAUACAUGACGAGGAGCCAAAGGGCGUGCCCAUGGGCGUCAAAAUACAGAAUCUCACUAAAAUAUACAAAGGAAAUAAAAAGGCUGUAGAUAAUCUCAAUAUAAGGAUGUACGAAAAUGAAAUUACAGUAUUAUUAGGACAUAAUGGCGCAGGAAAAACCACAACAAUAUCUAUGCUCACAGGAAUGGUACCGCCUACAUCGGGCUCCGCCUUAAUAAACGGGUACGACAUCGUUACCGAAACGGAUCAAGCCCGAAAAUCUCUUGGCUUAUGCCCGCAACAUAACGUUUUGUUCCCCGAUCUGACUGUCGCCGAGCAUAUCAUAUUCUAUUCUAUGCUGAAAGGAGUGCCCAAAUCAAGAUUGAAAGAGGAAGUAGACCAUUUUGUAAAGUUACUGGAAUUAGAAGAUAAGCGUAAUAUAUUAUCGAAGAAAUUAUCGGGCGGUCAGAAGCGGCGAUUGUCGGUCGGAGCUGCAAUGUGCGGGUCUUCAAAAGUUGUAUUGCUCGAUGAACCCACUUCUGGACUCGACCCUGCUGCGAGACGUGCGUUAUGGGACCUGCUGCUCAAAGAGAAGAGAGGUAGAACAAUGAUACUUACAACCCACUUCAUGGAUGAAGCAGAUGUAUUAGGCGACCGAAUAGCAAUUAUGUCAGGAGGAAAGCUACAGUGUAUAGGCACACCAUACUUUUUGAAAAAACACUACGGCAUCGGCUAUAAGCUCACCAUUGUCAAAUCUGAAGAUUGCAAAGUGGAAGAUGUAACACAGUUCUUCAAGUCAUAUGUACCUGACAUUAAGGAAAACACGAAUAUAGGAUCUGAAUUAACAUAUAUUUUGCCAAAUGAGGCUGUUAGCCAAUUUCCCGAUAUGCUGAAGGAUUUUGAACAUAGAAGAGAAAGUAUGCAUGUCUCCAGCUAUGGACUAUCAGUUACCAGCCUUGAAGAAGUAUUUAUGAAAGCGGGUGCCGAGGAUAUGGCAGAAAUCACACCGUAUAAAAACAAUUAUACCGACUCUAGCAAAACAGCAAUAGUGCCGUUUGACAAGAUCACCGACGGUAUAGUGGAUAAUGAACCUAUAGAGAAAGUAAGAGGAUUCAGACUGCUAAAAAAUCAUAUAAAAGCUAUGUUUUUGAAGCUCGCAUACAACUCUAUGAGGAGCAAGUUGACUGCUUUGAUACAAUUUAUAACGCCUAUUAUAAACAUUACUCUAUCUGUGAUAAUUGCAAGAUCUUGGAAGUUUAUGUCGCAGCUACCUCCGUUGAAUCUCAGUUUGGAGAGCGGGUUUUUGGCCACGCAAACGCUCUUAUCUACGAAGAAUCUCACUGACAAUAGCUUUGAAACUAAAGCAAUGAAAGCUUACAAGGAUUUUUUCCAAAAUUCUCCUGAUCAAUCAAUGAAACUUAAUGAUAUUAGCACUAUGGAUAUCGGAAACUUUUACCUAAAAUUGUCAAAAGAAGAUGCAGGGCGAACUCGCUUUGAAACCCUAAUCGGAGCUACGUUUUCCGACAAAGCAAUCACCGGCUGGUUCAGUAACUAUGGUUACCACGACUCUGCCAUCUCUCUCGCUCACAUUAACGAUGCAAUACUUCGUGCUCACUCACCCGGCAGUUCACUGACAGUUGUGAAUCACCCACUGCCCUACUCUAUUGAAAAUUUAGUAAGAAUAAUGGCUACCGGAAGCAGCAUGGGAUUCCAGUUUGCGUUCAACAUUGGUUUUUGUAUGGCAUUUGUGACCGCGUUUAUUGUACUUUUCGUGAUAAAGGAACGCAUAAGUGGUGCGAAGCUCCUCCAAAGGAUAUCUGGUGUGCGCCCGGCGGUGCUGUGGAGUACUGCUUUCAUUUGGGACUGGACGUGGUUGCUGCUCGUACACUUGUGUAUAGUAAUCUGCCUCGCUUGCUUCCAGGAGAAUACGCUUUCCACGCCUUCCGAACUAGGUAGGGUGCUGCUAGUACUGAUGGUAUUCUCCGUAGCAACAAUACCUCUGCACUACUUGGCUUCAUUCUAUUUUGAAGCUGCUGCCACAGGGUUCUCCAAGAUGUGUUUCUUAAACAUAUUCUCUGGUUGUAUGCCAUUUCUAAUAACCGAAGUUUUAAGAUUGCCGGAAGUUGGCAGUCCGUAUUUUGCGAGUAUUUUCGACUGGGUAUUCGCGCCUUUGCCCAUUUAUUGCUUGAGCAGAAGUUUUCGGGAUAUGAGCGUAGCGUCGUUCUCAAUAAAGGCGUGCGACGGUCUGUGCGGCCAGUUCAUAAACAUUAAGAAUUGCACGCGCUACACCUUGUGCACCAAGCUCAACAUCUCCGUCUGUUGUAUCGAAGAUAAUCCAUUCCUGGGGUUUCAUGAACCGGGCAUCGGCCGAUACUUAUUCAUGAUGAUGCUCGUCGGCUUAGUGGCUUACUCAUUACUACUUUGUAAGGAGUAUGGAAUGUUUAAUAGGAGCUACAACAAACUAUCAAAGUUGCCUCUUCCGCCUCUAACUGAGGAAGAAGACAGCGACGUGAGCGCAGAACGGCGGUCGGUGUACGCGCUUAAAGCUAACGAAUUCGCGCAGAGAAGCCUCGUGUGCAAGGACCUCACCAAGUUUUAUGGCAGCUUUCUGGCUGUCAAUCGGGUUACUUUCUCGGUUAACAAAAGCGAGUGUUUCGGGUUAUUGGGCGCUAACGGUGCCGGCAAGACCAGUACAUUCCGCAUGCUGACCGGAGACUCGCACAUCUCCGCUGGCGACGCCUAUGUACACGGCUUGUCCAUCAAGAACGACGUGAGAAACGUACACUCUUAUAUAGGAUAUUGCCCCCAGUUCGACGCUCUACUAGACAACCUAACGGCCCGGGAGACCCUGAAAAUAUUCUGCCUCCUGCGCGGCAUUCCCGCUAAAGUGGGUAAAGCCAGGGCGCUGCAACUUGCGCACACGCUUGGAUUCAUCCGCCAUUAUGAUAAAAAGGUAUACGAAUGCAGCGGUGGAACAAAAAGAAAAGUAAGCACAGCAGUGGCAUUUCUUGGAGAUGCUCCUUUGGUGUUCUUGGACGAACCGACCACUGGCAUGGACCCGGCGUCCAAGCGGCUGGUGUGGGGCGCGGUGAGCGCGGCGGCGGCGGGCGGCCGCAGCGUGCUGCUGACGUCGCACAGCAUGGAGGAGUGCGAGGCGCUGUGCGCGCGGCUGGCCGUGCUGGCGCGCGGCCGGCUGCAGUGUCUCGGCCCGCUGCAGCACCUCAAAACCAAGUUCUCACAAGGCUACACUCUCAUUGUCAAAUGUAAAUCGGGGCCAAAUAGAGAUACAGAUAUUGAGAAUAUAAAAACUUAUCUCACGGAUAACUUCAAAGACAUCAAACUAAUAGAAACAUACCUCGGCAUUAGUACUUACUCGCUGAAUGACGCGGAUGUGCCGUGGUGGCGCAUAUUCCACGUGAUGGAAGCGGCUCGCCAGCAGUUCCCUAUAGACGACUACUCAGUGUCCCAAACUACGCUAGAACAAGUGUUCCUAAGAUUCACGAGAAUUAAGGACUCAAAGGACGUGUAACUUCGUGUGCUAUCUACUUAUAAUCUUGUGUCAUGUUAAUCUUUAUAAACGGGUUUCAAAGCUAAUAAAUAGAUUUUUGUUUUACAUAUUGUAGCAAAAUAAUGUUUAAUGUUUUUAAGAUCUUUUUCGCGUUAUUGUUGAACCUACAAAGUUAUUGUUAAAAAUAAAUAAGUUAGUAGUUUAUACAAUUACUUACAUGUAUUUACACAAUUUUUGAAAAUGGUCUAGUAACAAUUUGAGAAGAAGUAAUCUCAGACUACAAUGAUGAAUUCUGACCUCAAAGAUCAAAGCUGUCCAAAAUGACAGUCUAUAUUAGAUAUAAGCAAGCACAUUAACUCGGUACUCACUCGGUGUUCGCUCUAUUACUUAUAUAUAUAACUUUCCCAGACUGAAAGUACGAGUAUUUUAAAACAGUUAAAUAGUUAUUAAAAAAGUAAAAGUUAAAAUAACUGUAAUAAACUAAUGCAAAGGUCAUGACAGUGUUUACAUAUUUUAGGUUUAUUUUCAGUUAUUAAUUAUGUUUGAUCGUUGUCCCAAUUAUUGCAAAAAAGUAGUUGGACUUAAUAUUUCGAUAAUUCUAUUAAAUUCUUAAACAUAAUUGGUGCCAUAACCACCUGGUUAUAGUCGGUCGAAAUAUAGGACGAUUUUCUGAAAACAAGGAAGAAGUUUAUUCUAAAUAUCAAGAAAUUUAUUUAUUUUUAUACAGCAGCCUAUUUACUUUUAGUUGCAACAGAUGAGAGAAAAUAAGGUCAUGUCAUAACUAUAUCUUUAAAUCAAAUUUUAAAUUGUCAAUUUAUUCAUAGGCAUAUUGACGAAAGAAUCUUAUUAUUUUGUAGUUAAAUUUAUUUAGUUUUAUUUGGAUUAUGAAGAGUAUGAGUUGAAGUGUUAACCUCGCUUUUUUGUUUACCUCUGUCGGUUAGUUACAAAAAUAAGAUCGUAUUUAAUGUGAGAAUUUAAUAUAAAUAAAUAAUUUUAAACGACAAAUUAGGUAGGUAUAAAUGUUGCUUUCUGUAACACUAUUUAUUAUUGUGAUUAUUUUGCCAUAUCGACAAAUUAUUUUUGUUUUAAUCUCACUUAUAUUUAUUUCAAUCUAAUUGAAAUAACGCUUUGCGUUAGUGGAAUAUUAAAGUGUUAUAAACAAAUAUAUUUAACUUCUGGUAUACAUUUAUACUGGUGUAGCGUUUUGAACAGACGACUGGCAUUCAGUGAUACGUAUUGUGAUGUUUCGGUACUUAGGUUUUGUAUUCAAGAAAGUUCAUAACUUUGUGUCUGUACUUAUUUGUAAGAUAUUUGUA